AUGGAGAAGAAAGAGGAACAUGACUCGAAAGCGCCAUUGAUGGCCUUGAACCAUGUCUCAAGGCUGUGCACAGACGUCAAAAAAUCUCUAGAGUUCUACACAAAGGUGUUAGGGUUCGUGGAGACAGAACGACCCGCAUCGCUGGACUUCGACGGUGCCUGGCUUUUCAACUACGGUGUCGGGAUCCAUUUGGUUCAGGUUAAAGACGAAGACAAGUUACCAUCCAAACCGGACCAUUUGGACCCAAUGGACAAUCACAUCUCGUUCCAGUGCGAGGACAUGGAAGCUUUGGAAGAAAGGCUCAAGGAAGUCAAUGUCAAGUAUAUCAAGAGGACCGUGGGUGACCAGAAAGAUGCAGCUAUCGACCAGCUCUUCUUCAAUGACCCUGACGGUUUCAUGGUCGAGAUUUGUAACUGCGAGAAUCUCGAGCUUGUACCGUGCAAUUCGGCUGACGCUAUACGUAUCCCGGAUAACCGACACACACCUCCUGUUGCUCGCCCUGGAUACUCCGACCAUGCAGAUAGUAGGCUGCCUCAGCCCAAUUCUUAA